GCCAAUUUGGCUAUUUGUGAAUAGUAGAGGUCAAACCAGCAAAACAACUUUGUCAAGAUGACGAGAAACGCUUGACUUUCUUCCCGACUUAGGUUGGAUAAAAUUUCAUUAGAAAAUCAACAACGAAUCUUGCUCUACUUGAAUGGCAAUCAGCGAAGCGAAACAGGAUAAAACCCUACGCAGACAAUAGUAGUGCUCACAUCGACAUCAAAGGAAGCAUUUAGUGCAGUAUGUAUUUGCACAUACAUGCAUACAUAUAAUACAUAUGCUGCAAAUAUAGUUACUACAAAAACAAAAAAACCAAAAACACAAAAAUAGCAAGCAUAAUACCCUAUUAAGCAUAAAGCUUCGGCAACAGGAAAAGUACUAUAAUUCGAAUCAAACAAUAAGCGACGUGGCUGACGGGCUAUACGCGACAUGGAAGACUUAUUUUUGUUGAUAAUCAAGGAGUCGACAGGGACGAAGCACAAUGCACUGAGGCAAACUGCGCAAAUCGCCUACGAUAAAUUAUAUCGCCAGCAUGGCAUCCAUCGGGAUCCAGCACAUGAGCUCCGUUCUGUAUGUUUCACUGCACUACAAAUGGCCUUAGACACGAAACGACCAAAGUUCAUUACCAUGGGCCUCAACGGACUUCAUCGCAUUAUCAAGGAUGAACGUUUUUACAUCGGCCUGGAACCGGAGGAUGACUCAGUGUGGUUGCCCGCUCAGUUGUUGCGCGCCACAAAUGGGAUUUUACCCACAACUAGCAGUGAAGAGACCGUAAUCAAUGUUUUACGCUUGUUUUUGGCUAUGGCUUGUUCCCCUGCGUGCACUUUAAAUGGCCGGCUUCUCAUCGAGACACUUUCACGCUGUGGCGAGUGUUGGGAAUUGGGCUCACGUGCCACCAAAGCCGCCUCACUGGCAGCAGCAUCACAAUGCUUGCGCACUUUUUGCGCCUUUCUUAUAGAAGAAGCAGAAGAGGUGAAGAAGACUGCACCGCCUGGUCUAAUGACACAGACACAGGCAUCGGCAGUGUACAAUGAAGUGAUUCCGGUAAUGCAGUGGCUAUGCAGUCGUUUAGUAGAGCCGGCGGCGAAUGGUUCACCCAACAAAAAGCCUGAGAAUAAUUGCUCGCUUUAUUUAACAGAAUGCAUUUUAACACUGACUUCGGCUUUGCCCCGAAAUGUCCAUGCAAAUCCCCAUUUCACAUCAUUCUUGUGGCAGAAAUUCUGUCCUACUCUUGCAGCAGCAUUGGGAUCGCCAGGCCGCAUUAAUUUGGAUAAAAAAUUCACUUAUAAAGAUGCGCUGAAUAUGAUUGAAAACGAAGCUCGUGGCUUUUUUACUGGCCCUGGCCUAGAUGGUCCACAAGCUCGUUGCGUGUACUUGACUGGAAUCCAAUUGCUGCGGAUUGCAGGAGCCUAUGGCUCGUUGCGACCUAUGCUGGAGGCACUUUUUCAUCGCAUGCUUUUGCUGCCAACACCGCAAAAUCGUACUGAGCCAUUGAAAUGUGUUCGAGAAAUUCUGAAGAGUCCAGAGCGUUUGAUCGAUCUGGCGGUUAUUCUUUACGUUGAUAAAAAUACUGGCCAAGGUUGCAGUGAUGAAAUGGCAUUAUUUCGACUUAUGAUCGAUGCAAUGGAAGAAUGCGCUUAUGGCAUUAGUGCAGGUGCCGGAGUUGAGGCAGGCCUUCAGGCCAGCGUGGAGUGCAUGGUGGCACUACUGGAUAGUUUGCAAAUUCUUUGCAGCGGCGAACUAACUGAAUCAAUGAUUAGCGAUCAGAUUGUGAGCACCGUCAACAGUCGUCACGAAACAUUAAAGGAUGCCGAUUACACGGGCCCAUUAACUUAUCAAUCGAUGGCGCGGCUGCCUGCUCCUUAUCGCGAUGCGAUUGUAGAGUUUCGUCAAAGCGUUUUUGAAACCUCUUCAGGUUCAGACAGUGAUGGCGAUCAUCCAGAACACGAUGCAGCUUCAAAUGGUUCAGGUGAUACAGAGGGGCCUGAAGAGGAGGAGCAAUCAACAUCGAGUGAUGAAACGUCACGUGUAGAAAACAGAUGGCCCUACACCCACCUUGAGGCCCCAGUCAUACCAGUACGCACCGAUAUUGACAAUGAUCGACAACAUGCCCGAGAUUUUGCAAAGGCAUUGCGAAAAGAUUUGGUACCGAAGCUGUUACGUAUACGCUCCUGCAUUGAGGUAGACGAGGCCAUGCAAGAAUUCGCCUCAGUCGUAUGCCAAGAAAACACAAUGAACUUCUCCGAUUUCGAUUAUCACCUUACGGCCAUCAAUGCUGACGGCAUUUACUUGGCGAUUUAUUCAUCGUUACUGCUCAGUCUGCAACUUACAAAGGCUGGAUAUUAUGAAGACAUGCAGAAAGAGAUAUUAAUUCCUAUGUCGGAACAGCAGUUCGUUACAUCUGUCCAGAACACUGGUGUUUUAGUGUACCUUUCAUCUCCUUGGCUCUGUGAAUUAUAUCAGUCAAUAUUGGUUUCGAAUGGCUUAGAAGCGAUGAGCAGGGAGGAACUGGAAGGUACCAAUUCACGAAGUGCCCUGGUGGAUAUGCUUUGUGACGCAGGUGGCUUGGGACCCACCCAGAUGCUUUCUGAGUGGCAACGGUUACAAAUGGCAAAUAUAAAGUACACCGACGAACGGGACAACAAACGACGCGAGGCUGCAAAGAAACUUUGCCGGCGACUUUUGACUUGCUGCUGGGAUUCGAUGGUUAUAGUUUUGAGCUCGGGUCUAGGUGAUUUAUCGUGUAGUAACUCAAAUAAAUUGAUGGCCUUGUCUAAACGUACACUACGUGUCAAGACAAAGACAAACAAAACAAAUGGAGAGGCAUUAUAUGCGAUGUGUCUGGACGGUCUGCAUGCGGCGGCCACUUUAAGUAACAGCUUGAAUCUACAGCACUUAGCUGGAAAAAUUUUAAGCCUUUUGGCAUCAAAUGUGUGUCAGACAAACGGGCCGAGAAUUUCUGCUAGCCAAGCAAUGUCUAUGGAUGUGGUUUUAAAUGGAGGCCUAAAUUUAGGUUCUUAUAGUUCGGAUUGUUGGCAGUCAGUGUUUGCUGUGUGUCGUCAUGUCAGCCAGCUGGAACACGAAAUUUUCAGUUUACAAAAUUCAUCGAUUGGAACGUCGCCGGGUACUGGCCGUCGAGAUAUGGAGACCGGUGAAAAGCUAAGCAAUACAACUCAAAAUGAUAAGCUCAACUUGUCAUCACUUCCUAUAGAUGACGACGAAACCUGCGUGGACGUCUACAGUUUCCUUCAAGCACCUCUACAGAGCCCUAAUACUAAUAUCACAUCAAUACUGAAGGUUUACUCUGGCACUAAUGAAACUGUGCUAUUGAGUCAGAGUGACACCUCAAAAGUACUCUGCGCUUUAUCGCACCAGGCUGAAAAUCUCUUCUCCGAUGCUGCUGAGCGUUUAAGUCUCCCGUCGCUGUGCCAGUUUCUGAAAAACCUUUGUAAAGCAUCUCGCGAACAGCUCUAUAAAAAUACAGUUACACGCAAAGGCAGCCGCAUUUGGUGGCCAAGCAAGGGUUGGAAGAAACUCGACACUCUACCCAUGUCGCUUUUAUUGCACCGCAUCGGAGAUGUUACCUUGAAGGUAUUUAAAAGUUCCAGACCGCUUUUGCAUAUACUAAAGGUAUGGGCUAUCACUGGACCUCAUCUAAUGGACGCUUCUUGCCAUAGAGAUCGUGUUAUAUCCAAAAGAGCCAUAGAGUACAUUCAUGACGUAAUUACAGCACUCUUGGUAGAGCAAUCAGAGUUGCCACAUUUCCAUUUUAAUGAGGCGCUACUGAAACCAUUCGAAAAUCUUUUGAGCAUGGACACGUGCGACGUUGAUGUGCAGGAUCAAAUUGUUGCCUGCUUGUACGAAAUAGUGGAAGCACAUCGGACGGAAAUUCGUUCGGGUUGGCGCCCGCUUUUUGGAACAUUACGCAAUGCUCGGAGCCGAAUGCUUAAUAUGAGUAAUAUUAUCGACAUAUUCAGAGUCUUCCUUGAUUCGGAUAAUACACUGGUAUUUGCUAAUGCUGGUUUGGAUUGCAUACUCUGCUUAUUGUCUUACCUCGAGAUAUCUGGCGGUGGAGGGCAAAAUAGCAAUACAUGCGGCGAAGAAGAAAACAACUUCCGACCGACAGAAUUUUUACAUGAAACUCUGCGUUUCCUGGAGCGCUGCUCAUCCAUUUUAGGAUUUAUGUUCAACAUGCCGAAGUGUCCCAACUUUCAUUCCACAUACAAAAUUAAAGGCAUCUCCUAUACCCACAUAAUCGAUGCAAAUAUUCCAAACUCAAUGGAGAACUUCACAUACUUCGGUAAUGAUUACUUACAAACGAAAAAUGAACAGCACAUGAUAUCGUAUCGAUCGCUGCACAUUGACAAGGAUACAAUCGUGAAGAUCGAUGAAAUGGAUAAACCGUCAGGGGUGUUAAAAGUUUGGUUCCUUCUGCUAGAUGGCCUUACAAAUUCACUCAUAGUGUGUCCUUAUUCACAUCAAGCGCCAAUUCUUCAAACAAUUUUUAAACUCUUUAAAAAUUUGCUAUGCAGUCCCGGCAUCGAUUUCGGAUUUUACUGCAUAAAUCAUCUGUUGAUACCGAUGAUUCAGGACUGGCUUCGUUAUAUAAAUAAAACUGGUGCUCCAUGGCCAUUAAUUGAGAAAAAUUUCAAGCACUGUUGCUGCAUGACCACCGAUUUGGUAGUGGAAUUCAUCGAGAAGUCAGUAACAGAUACCAGAAGGCAGUGUGUGCUAAAAACACGUGUAACCCAAAUCGUACACACACCUCCUAACCUUAACUCGGGCAGCACUUCCAGCAACAUUAACACUGAAAACUCUCUGUAUUCUAAAUUGAAGUUCGUCACCGAGCGGAUUGACGAUAAUGAAAACACUCAGCAUCAUAAUCAAUACGACAGUUCGUCGUCGAGCGAGGAAAGCGGCACCAACAUUAUCGAUUCGCCAACGAAAAUAUCCGGAUCAGCUACAUUGGCACUGAAACAACUACUACUUGUAUUAAUAGAGUGCGCUGCCCAGGCGCAGGAAUCAGUGGCACGAGUGGGCGUUUCAUGUCUGAAGCAUGUCAUUUUAUCCACUGGCAUGCUCUUUAAUGAAUCACAAUGGAUGAUUGCCUGUUCGGCCAUACACCGCGCCUGUACUGUGACCAUCGCACCCUUGCGCCAAUUGUCCUUUGCCUUCCAUGAGAAGUCGAAUAGUUUUUAUGGAGACUGUGCUAAUGUAAAAGUAGCAGCUCGCCGCGAUAGUACCAUGGAUGAGUUAACUCGCAUUUACUCAUUGGCGCAGCAGGUGUUUCUUUCCGAUAAUCAAAGAGAGCCGGCCGCAAAGAUAUCCAGCCACUUGGACAAACAUUUGACAGAUGAACGAAGUUACUCCUUUCUCUUGUAUCCAUUAAACAAUGGUUUUAAUUCGAAUCUAGACAAUUUUGUAAUUCGUAUACCUUUCAAAAAUUUGGUUGUUGGCUUAUUGGCAAACCAGAUGCUUUUACAGUUAGUUGCGAAACUUUUACUCUCCCGCUUAAAGUGUGUACCUCAGGCGGUGUCAACGUGCAUCUUCGACAAUUAUGCAACAUCAGCUUCAAGUCACGAUUAUGACUUGGACUUUCGCUCCAAGGAAAUUCUAUUGCGUUGCGUCAAACAGUAUUUGACGAGUUCCCUAGAAUUUGAUUCCCGCCCCGGACUCAAGUUUUUAAUGCAGAAGGUAUCCAAUAUCGAGUAUGCAGCAAAUUUAUAUAAACAAAUGACGUCAUCUUGGAUGAUCUACUAUAUUGCUUUAGUGGAUUCCUAUUUAAAUGACAUUGUAGUUUAUAAUCUGGGCCCGGAAGAUCUGAACUUUAUAUUGGAGUCCUGCUCCCGCCUAAAUACAACCACCGUUAAAAAGAAGGAAAAUUUUGUGCGAUAUUUGUUCUGUCUACAGGACGCUUGGAAUCUUGUGUGCGAGCUAUAUUUAAAUAACUCAGCAAUGCAUGAAAUUGAAAAUGGAAAACUGCGUUCUGGAGAAGCCGGAGAUAAGCGCAGUUCGCAGCAAAAACUGAUAAGCGCCAAACCAAUGCGCAUAUCCAUCAACAGCAAUAGCGACAAUGUCAGCACGUCCAGUCACUCAGAAACGACGGACUCCUCGCCCAAUAAGUGUAUUCAACUCGAGGAGGAGAAUGUUACGAUGACAACACUGAUCAGUGAGUUCCAACCAAAAAGUCGCAAUAAUCCUUUCGACACGAACCGUCCGCAGAAGUGCGAAUCGGAAGCGAUUUCACCGGAAAUAGAGCAGCAGCGCGCUUCAAGCAUACUUAAGGACUCCAAUUACAAGAAAGCUGCUUUAGCUCAACUCGUUGUAGCUUCAAUGGAGCUGCUACAUUCUUUGCCCGGUGAGGCCGAAGAGAAUCUUAAGCUUCUAAUGACACCAACGAUAAGGGAAGCCUUCCGGCUUGUACAGUUGCAAGGCAAUGAAUUGAAGGUUAAUCAAUUUUAGGCUAUGCUUGUUGAGUUUUAUUUUGAUUUGUAAAAGAAAGGAUUUCGUAAUCGAACUUCAUUGAGCCCGAUUCGAGCAUAGGACUGGCAAUGGAAUUGAUAUACAUACAUCGGAAUCAUAUAAGACGACUGAGCGGUACACAUGCUGUCCAUAUACAUACAUAAAUACAUAAGGCAUUAAGGGACAUACAUUUAUAUAAAUACAUGCGUAUCCAUACGUAUAUGUGUGUAUGUGUAUGUGCAUAUGUUUCUAUAUAUAUACAUACAUACAUCCUACAAAUAUCACAUAAUUAUGUACAUGCAUAUUUGCCUACAUACAUUCGUACAUACAUACAUUCAUACAUACAUUGCAUGCAUACAUAUUAACAUUCACUCCCCGCUGAUUGGCGAUACUCGUUAUUUCUGCAGUUGUACGUAAUUUCGAAAAUACUUAAUUCAGAAAUAUAUAAUAUUUAACAAAAUUGACAGUAAAAAAAUUAAAAAAAAGGUUAGUAGCAUAUCGAGAAGCUUGAGGUAUGAAAACUUGUACCAACAACAAAUGACAAAUCUCGCCAAUCAGUAUAGUAGUGAUAAAAUUUAUUAAAAAAAUAUAUAAAUGCUUUAUUUUUAUAAUGGGAUAUUUGCUUUUAUGCGCUAACUACAAAACUAUGCACGUACAAAUUAAACUAUAUUUUUUAAUCUGAGAGUAAUACUUACCAAGACCUAAUCAGCCUAUCCCUAACGGUUUAUUGGAAUCCGGUUGAGAAGUACAACCACAAGAAACUUAAUCAUACCUAAAAUCCACCACGUUUGAAGCCUACAUAUAUUUGCCUAAAAGUCACUAUCUGAUAACUAAAUAUACUUAUACAUACAUAUACUACAAUAAAUAUUUAAGUACAAGUCCACCAAACAAACUAACCAUUUCAUUUUCAUGGGAUGGCAGCAGACGGCAACACAUUUCAAAAUAAAAACUCAACACUUUGAGUUGACCAACGAAAAUACCAGCACACUCUCGUCCUACAUACAUUUAUGUAGCUCACUAAUGUGUACUCUCUUAGAGGAGAUUUUGGGGAAAUUAAUUCAAGGGAUAAUCACAAAACAUAUCCAUGCAAGCAUAUGUGUACAUGUGAAUGCUAAUAUAAAGCAAAUGUAAAGUAUGCAGAAUUUAAAAAUGCGAAUGUGCAUACAACAGUUUCGGCGAUUGCCCAUAGAAACAAUAACGCUUAGACUGCAUUGGAGCUGAGAAAUUUUCCAUGGUAGGAAAUGAAGUAGAAAACCGAACUGAAAUAAAAUAUUAUAUAUCGUUGCCAAAAUAAACAAAGGCGAAAGGGUUAGAAAAACUUAAACAAAAGAAAUUUUGUAUUCGAUUCUAUUCGUAUUAGCUAAUUACAAAAACGAAAUUUUUUUGCUUUAAUACUCUAAUUGGUUAUGUAGAAGCGCACUUUAGUGCAGAUUACCAUAAUAAGUAAAAAAAGAAGAAUUUGGAAAAAAUGCUGGUUAGAGCCUUUGUGCAUUUUGGUAACCAUAUGUAAAUAUUUCAUUCACAUGUACAUGUGUACGUACAUAAUUAUUUACAUUAGGGUGACCUAUUAUUUACAAACUCUGAAGUAUUAAUCUACACAACACGAAAAGUUCUUUGCUCAAUUCCAUGACUUUUAUUGCCGCUUUCUUAAUACUUUGAAAAGAUUGUACUUAAGAUGUUGGCGCAGAGCCAAACCCUCUUAGCCGUUUUUUGAAGUUUUUUAAUAUUAGAAAUGAGAAAUAAAACCCCAGACUUGAAAAUAUUUUACUGGUAUAUUUUACUAGUUUUAUUAUAAAUAUUGCAAUACAUGCAAUUCCUUCGUUUUGGCAGUUGCCGCAGUCCAAAGAGUUCCAAUACCACAAAUAGAUGGAUAAGAUUCG